AUGGCGGACAGCUGGGACCGAUUGGGAAAGACCAUGGAGGUCAGCGAGGAUGGAACGGUUCUCACCAAGAAGAGCGGCGGCAACUACUCGCGGCACGUGGCCGCGAAGGAGGUGCUCUCCUCCGGGGUGCACAUGUGGGAGGUCGAGCUGGCAUCCGGCGCAACCUCAAACAACAACCGCGACCUCUUCGUCGGCGUGGCGAGCCCGGGCUGUGAUGUCGAGAAGGGCGACCACCAUGACAAGGGCAAGGCGUGGUAUCUCCGCACGCACGAUGGCAACAUCUACGGCGGGGACAUCGACAACGAUGACGCGACGGGGAAGGGCUCCCACUUUGUCGUAGGAGAUCGGAUCGGGCUUCGGCUGGACUGCAAUGACGGCUCCCUCAGCUUCUACAAGAAUGGCCAGCCUUUCGGUCAGCCGUUUCCAGCCGGCACCAUCGCUUUGCCCGUGGUCCGCGCUGUGGAGCUGAAAUGCUCUGGCCAGUCGGUGAAGCUCCUGCCUCAAGCACAGCUGGCGUGA